AUGUCAGUGGGAAACACUGGAGCCAACCACACGUCGGUCGCCGGCGCCAAGGCCACUCCCACGUUUCGCCCAGCCCCCAACCGUUACCCAAGCGACGGCCUGAGCUCGUGUCCCGCCUCCCUACCCUGUUGCCAAUCGAAGGGGCGUUGCCCGGACGACGACUCCACCUCUUCCGGCCGCGAGCUCUAUUUCUACCCGGGCUGCUGUCGCCGCGGGAGCCAACGGUCCAUUGACCUCAACAAGCCAAUUGACAAGAGGAUUUAUAAGGGCACCCAGCCCACCUGCCACGACUUCAACCAGUUCACUGCUGCCACAGAGACCAUCUCCCUGCUGGUGGGAUUCUCAGCUGGUCAGGUGCAGUACCUGGAUCUCAUCAAGAAGGACACCAGCAAGCUAUUCAAUGAGGAGCGGCUUAUCGACAAAACCAAGGUGACAUAUCUGAAGUGGCUGCCCGAGUCAGAGAGCCUGUUCCUGGCCUCCCACGCCAGUGGCCACCUGUACCUGUACAACGUCAGCCACCCGUGUGCCUCGGCGCCACCCCAGUACAGCCUCCUGAAGCAGGGCGAGGGCUUCGCCGUCUAUGCCGCCAAGAGCAAGGCGCCCCGCAACCCACUGGCCAAGUGGGCAGUGGGCGAAGGGCCCCUCAACGAGUUCGCCUUCUCGCCCGACGGCCGGCACCUGGCCUGCGUCAGCCAGGACGGCUGCCUGCGCAUCUUCCACUUCGACUCCAUGCUCCUGCGGGGGCUCAUGAAGAGCUACUUUGGGGGCCUGCUCUGUGUGUGCUGGAGCCCCGAUGGCCGCUAUGUCGUGACCGGUGGGGAGGAUGACCUGGUCACCGUGUGGUCCUUCACCGAGGGCCGCGUGGUGGCCCGAGGCCACGGCCACAAGUCCUGGGUCAAUGCUGUGGCCUUCGACCCCUACACCACGAGGGCGGAGGAAGCGGCAGCAACCAGUGGCGACGGGGAGCGGAGCGGCGAGGAGGAGGAGGAGCCAGAGGCCGCAGGCACAGGCUCGGGCGGGGGAGCCCCUCUCUCCCCACUGCCCAAGGCCAGUUCCAUCACCUACCGGUUCGGCUCGGCCGGCCAGGACACGCAGUUCUGCCUGUGGGACCUCACAGAAGACGUGCUUUACCCCCACCCUCCCCUGGCCCGCACCCGCACCCUCCCUGGCACGCCUGGCACCACACCACCGGCCAGCAGCAGCUCGGACUGCAUCAUCACCGCCUGCCAGGAGGGCCUCAUCUGUACUUGGGCCCGGCCGGGCAAGGCGUUCACAGACGAGGAGACCGAGGCCCAGACAGGGGAAGGAAGUUGGCCCAGGUCACCCAGCAAGUCAGUGGUAGAGGGCAUCUCCUCCCAACCAGGCAACUCCCCGAGCGGCACAGUGGUGUGAAGCCAUGGAUGUCAGGAUCCCUCACCCCAUGCCCCCAGCCUCCUAGCCACAGCCCUCCCCGCUGACCUCAUGGAUCAACGUAUUAACAAGACUAACCGUGAUAGAUGGACUGCUCUGGUCCCCCACCCUGCACAAAUUUGGGGGUCAGAGGAUCCCUCAGACUGGCCCAGACACAGGGGAGAUGUAGGGGCCCCUUGUGGCCUCAGCCUUGUCCCCACCCACUGCCAAGUACAAUGACCCCUUCCUCUGAAACAUCAGUGUUCACCUUAUCCCUGUCCCGAGCAUGUGACUGGUCACUCCUGGGGGGGAGAAACUCCCCACCCACCAGAGCCCCAGCUCUGCAGUGUGCCCCUCGGUCCCGUGGGCGGAGCAGGAGGUGGCCCACCCCUCCCCUGGACCCCAC